GUUUGACGAUGGCUUUCGCUGCACGGUUCCGGAAGGACUGCCAAUUGGUGAACAGCUUGAUGUUUUCCUGUCGUUGCAAUUUUCAGACGUGGACGUCGAAUUGCAGGCGAAGCUGCCUUUGGGUGACGAGCAAACGCGCGAGAACUACGUGAAAGACACGCGAGGAGCCUUCGCAUUGACCACGUACAGGAUAGAGAGGGACUCUCGAGAGUUCUUCCGAGUGGCACGACGCGCGUUUGAGGUGAGCGAACCCAUGUUUUGUGUCGUGGACCAGGAACAUUACGAUGACCAUUUGCGAAAAGGCUACAUACGGAUUCGUGGCGCCGGUUUCCAGCCGCUGCACCAGCAAUCCUACGUGCCCGAGGUUGAGUGUCUCUACACAGAGUCGCGCAUUCUCGACUUUUGCGAUGGCAAACUGCCCGAAAUCCACGAGGCGCUUCAAGCGGACGCAACUUGUCGUGAGUACUACCACAAGCGUCGGACCGCUCGCACUCGGGCGGUUGUGCAGAAUCGUGGCGUGAUUCACUGCCCGCUACCCGAGGACCGGGCCGUGCAAGGUGAGGUUUUGCUACAGCUCGCAGAAAAGCACAGGCCAAAUUCCCUAGUUGUGUGCACAACGCAGGAUCCGUUCAAACCGGCUAGCUUCCAGGAGCGCGUCGAACUGCCUCAGCUUCAGCCGUUGCACAUUCAAGUGACGUACGAGGCCAAGAUGAGCACUUAUCCUGAGCACGUCCUCUUUCGUGGCGCAGCUGGUGGGUACGUAAAGGUGCAAGUCGACACGGUCCCUCCGACCUACAACUAUACCACUAUGAACGGCACUACGGCGACAGGGUUCAGUCGCUUACUGAACAACAAGUGCGUGUGGUGGGAAUCCAACUACGACUCGAUUUUCCUGGAAGACGAG